AGAACCGCGUGAAACCUCUAUCUGCAGCGGCCCGAAGGAGCAGAGCUCCAUCUCCGUUAUUUCCUAUGGAGUAUUCAAGACUUCGAGCUUAUCAGCAGAAACGGCGUUUUCCCAAAAAUGGGAAAGAUGACGUUGAUAGGCAGAGAUUCCCAAAAUCGGAACUGCUGUUUCCUAUAAAAUGCGUUCCAUAGUUUCUGUUUGAUUCGCCAGAAAUCGAUAUCAAAGCUCUGCAGUUUCUCCUCCCCUUUUCGUCUUCGUUGCAAAGGUUCUGGCCUCGGGUUUUCUCUUCGCGUUUGCUUUUGGAGGUAUUCAUAGAAAAUUUUUGAAUUAUGGGUCAAGCAUUUGGUUGCAUUCAAGUUGAGCAGUCGACUGUAGUUGUCAAGGAACAUUUUGGAAAGUUUGAUGAUGUGCUUGAGCCUGGUUGCCACUGUAUGCCCUGGUUUUUUGGUUAUCAAGCAGCAGGUUAUCUAUCACUACGUAUUCAACAACUUGACAUUAAAUGUGAAACAAAGACAAAGGAUAAUGUAUUUGUUAAUGUGGUCGCAUCAAUUCAAUACCGAGCUUUGUCUGAAAAAGCAGCUGAUGCAUUCUAUAAGCUCACCGACACCAAGACUCAGAUACAAGCCUAUGUUUUUGAUGUUAUUAGGGCAAGUGUACCAAAGUUGAAGUUGGAUGCUGUCUUUGAACAGAAAAAUGAUAUAGCAAGAGCUGUUGAAGAGGAGCUUGAAAAGGCCAUGUCUGCAUAUGGGUUUGAAAUAGUACAGACUCUUAUUGUGGAUAUUGAGCCAGAUGAGCGUGUGAAGAGAGCUAUGAAUGAGAUAAAUGCAGCUGCAAGAUCAAGGCUGGCAGCAAAUGAGAAGGCUGAAGCAGAGAAGAUAUUGCAGAUCAAGCGAGCUGAAGGGGAUGCUGAGUCCAAAUACCUGGCAGGGCUUGGCAUAUCUCGACAGCGCCAAGCCAUUGUGGAUGGGCUUAGGGACAGCGUGCUUGCGUUCUCCUCAAACGUGCCUGGAACAACAGCCAAGGAUGUGAUGGACAUGGUGCUGGUGACUCAGUACUUCGACACCAUGAGGGAGAUUGGGGCAUCCUCCAAGGCCUCGUCUGUUUUCAUCCCGCACGGUCCCGGUGUGGUGAAAGACAUUGCCUCACAGAUCCGGGAGGGACAGCUUCAAGCCAACAGUGUUAAUCUUUAGUGUCGCCUCUAUAUCUGCGGUAGCAUGCAGUUUCUUAUCUUUACAUUGGACUUCACCUUUCCAAAAUAACAUGGACCACAUGUUGGUAUCAUCGUCUUCAAACCUACACGAUUUCUCGGAUUUUCUGUGUCAUUUUUUUUUUUGGAUUCGUCCGGGUAUCCGCCUACCGUCAACAGUGUCAUUUUGUGUGAAUGCAAUGUGUGAAUUAUUUGCUUGUAAAUUAAAAUUUAAGAGGAUAAAGGAUUUUAUUUUUCUUUUCUGAGGAAAGGAUAUAUAAUUAUUUGCUUGUAUUUUCUCUAUGUAUCUACCAAUAUUAAAAAUAAAAAUAAAAAUUAUUAUUAUUAUUA